GGGAUGCACACGCUGUAGCAGGGGGAGAGAGAGACGCCAGCUCAGAGGCCCUUUCGCUGUUGUUGGGGGGUCGCCUGCCCCACUCUCUUUCCUCUGAAAGUUUUUGCUGCAUUUCUUGGCUAUAAACUAUCGCCUCGCCCCACGGGCGACUGGCCAGGCUCCUGAGUCCGGGGGAGAAGCAGCCCCUUGGAACCAGGGCCAGGACUGUUUCUUUUCAAAUCCACCCGUGGCAUUCAAGUCUUGAGUUCAGUCCUCGCAGGUGCGGCGAGUUCCUGGGGGUGAUGAAUCCCGUCUGCUCCUGCCUGCCCGUGGAGGUAACGCGUUGGUGGGUGGUGUGCUGAACCCCCCCCUUUUGCACCGAGCCAGGAACCUGGAGGCGAGCGCCGGGGCCCGACAGCGCCGCACCGGAGAGGCUGAGCCAACUGGGGCGAGUGGCGUGGGCUGGUUCGCUGCUCCGAUGCUGAGUUUUGCCACUAGCCGCUGCACUGCACGGGACGUCUGACUAGGCUCAGGCCGGCGGCUUCCUCACAUGGAGGAUGACGGGACAUAGCAAUGGUCUGAAGAGUUCGCCUGCCAAUCACCCCCCCAGGCUGUCUGUGACAACCCACAAUGAAGAUGAUCCGGAGCGGACUGAACUCAGUCCCAGCAGGGCCCCGUCAGCAGAGGACGAUACCUCCUCGGAGCUGCAGAGGGUGGCUGUAUUGGACGAUGCAGAUCAGCCAGGCCAGUCUAACUUGCAAGGGCGGCUAGGUCUGUCCAGGAUAGUCCGGCUGGUCGUGGUGCUCCGAGACUGGGCUAACAAGAGCUUGCGCGAGGAGGAGCAGAGGCCGGACUCGUUUCUCGAGCGCUUCCGUGGGCCGGAGCUCCAGACGGUGACUGCGGGAGACGGCAACGCCCCAGGGGACAAAGACAACGAGGACAGCAAACGCAAAAAGAAGAAAUGGGAACUCUUUGUGGUGGAUCCGGCUGGAGACUGGUAUUACCGCUGGCUGUUUGUCAUUGCAGUGCCCGUCCUUUACAACUGGUGCUUGCUUGUGGUAAGGGCCUGUUUCAAUGACCUCCAGAGGUUCUACUGGAUCCACUGGCUGGUGCUGGACUACCUCUCGGACUGCAUCUACAUUGCUGACAUUGUCAUCAGGCUGCGCACAGGUUUCUUGGAACAGGGUCUGCUGGUCAGGGAUCCAAAGAAGUUGCGGGAUAAUUAUAUCACCACCUUACAAUUCAAGCUGGAUGUCCUCUCCAUUUUGCCAACAGACCUGGUCUACUUUGCAGUAGGGUUACAUCAGCCCGAACUGCGCUUCAACCGGCUGUUGCGCUUUUCCCGCAUGUUUGAGUUCUUUGACCGGACCGAGACCAGAACCAGCUACCCAAAUAUGUUCAGGAUUAGCAACCUGGUGCUCUACAUCCUGAUCAUUAUCCACUGGAAUGCCUGCAUUUACUAUGCCAUUUCCAAGGCUAUUGGGCUUGGAACGGACACCUGGGUGUACCCCAACAUCACAGACCCUGAGUACGGCUAUCUUGCCAGGGAGUAUGUCUACUGCCUCUAUUGGUCAACUCUGACCCUCACCACCAUCGGGGAGACCCCGCCCCCUGUGAGUGACGAGGAGUACCUCUUCGUCAUUGUUGACUUCCUCAUCGGCGUCCUCAUCUUCGCCACCAUCGUGGGGAAUGUGGGCUCCAUGAUCUCCAACAUGAAUGCCACCAGGGCCGAGUUCCAGGCCAAAAUCGAUGCCGUCAAGCACUACAUGCAGUUCCGCAAGGUCAGCAAGCACAUGGAGGCCAAGGUCAUCAAGUGGUUCGACUACCUUUGGACCAACAAGAAGGCCGUGGAUGAGCGUGAGGUCCUCAAGAACCUGCCUGACAAACUGAGGGCGGAGAUUGCCAUCAACGUCCACCUGGAGACAUUGAAGAAGGUGAGGAUCUUCCAGGACUGUGAGGCUGGCCUGCUGGUGGAGCUGGUGCUGAAGCUUCGGCCUCAGGUUUUCAGCCCUGGCGAUUACAUUUGCCGGAAGGGAGACAUAGGCAAGGAGAUGUACAUCAUCAAGGAGGGGAAGCUAGCCGUGGUGGCGGACGAUGGCGUGACCCAGUAUGCGUUGCUCACUGCAGGAGGCUGCUUUGGUGAAAUCAGCAUCCUCAACAUCAAAGGGAGCAAAAUGGGCAACCGACGCACGGCCAACAUCCGGAGCCUUGGCUACUCCGAUCUCUUCUGCCUGUCCAAGGACGACCUGAUGGAAGCGGUGACCGAGUACCCUGAUGCCAAGCGGGUCUUGGAGGAGCGUGGCCGGGAGAUCCUGAUCAAGGAAGGGCUUCUGGACGAGUCCGCGGCGGCAGAGGACAUGGAAGGGAAGAGCACAGAGCAGAAGCUGGAGAGGCUGGAGUUCAACUUGGACACGCUGCACACCCGCUUUGCCCGGCUCCUGACUGAGUACAAUGCUGCCCAGCUGAAGCUCAAACAGCGCAUCACCGUCCUAGAGUCCAGGGCAAAGCAAUACAACCAGGAGUUCUUCUCCGACAGCUCCGACAGCCCCCUGGAGGAAGACGGACAAGCUAAAUCAGAAGGGCAGGAGUGAGGGCCCCCGACGUCGGCGAUGGCUGCGUUCUGCACAGUGCUGAGAUGGUGUUUCCAGGGACACGUUGCUCCCGCUGCCUUAGGAGACUUGCACUGAAGCCCAUGGAAGUGCUGCCGCUGCCUUGUAAGACUGAGAGCUGAGUAGAGAGCAUUCAGGUGAUACCAGUAGCUCUCCCGCUGGUUUCUCUCUCCUCUCCCCUUGCUGCCUUAAUCCAAGACCUCACAGAUCAGUCAAACCACGUGAGUGACUUCCGCUGCUGCUAACGCUUCCUUCGAGCUUCUGCAGGGCACCAGCCGUCCUCUUGCCGCCUUUCCUCCUCCAUGCCUUAGCGAUCAGGACUCUCUUAACUCCGUGCCUUGUGUGUGGGACUCUGGGCACUUCUGGGACCCAACAUUGCCUUCGUGGGGGUGCAGAAGCAGUGAUGUAGGCCAAGAUCUUCACUUGUUUCUUCUCCCUUUUGUGAUGGGGCUGGUCGGGGGCUGCCCUCUAUUAGCCCGGGGGAAUGCUGGUCCUUCUACACAGCCACCGGAGAGAAACUGAACCAUCAGCCAGAUGCUCAUUAAUGUAUUUUGGUAUCUGCUUUUAUAACACACACACAAACACACACACUAUGUUAUGUAAAUACCUUGUUUCCAGCGUAUGAGUCCAUAUGUUCACGAUGCUAAAACCCGAUGGAAAAAAUCCCACCCGAGCUGCGUCUGUCUGCAAAUUGGGGUUGGUUCUUCUGGGAGCAGGGGGUUGGACUAGAUGACCAACCAGCCCUAAUCUAGGGUCCCAUGAAAUGGAACGCCAGGCCCGUGUACCCCUGCAGGUCAGACUCACUGUAGCCUGGAUCAGGAGAGGAUGGUGGAUACA